GACAGUCUUUUAAAAAUGUCUGGCAUUGCAGCUAAACUUCAGCACAACCGAGACAAACAACAUGGGAUCGGUACCAACUCUCAUGCGGUGAAGUACCUGAACCAGGACUAUGAGAGUCUGAAGAGGGACUGUCUUAGGAGAGGACGGCUGUUUGAGGACAACUGCUUCGAUGCUGAGCCUUCAUCCUUAGGCUUCAAAGAACUUGGACCAAGUUCCUACAAAGUUCGGGGAAUCACCUGGAAAAGACCCGGGCAAUUGUGUUCAAAUCCAAAAUUUAUAGCUGAAAAUGCAACCAGGACUGAUAUUUGUCAAGGAGCACUUGGUGACUGCUGGCUCCUGGCAGCUAUAGCAUCCCUGACUCUCAACAAACAGGUUUUGUCACGUAUCGUCCCUCAUGACCAGAGCUUUGAUGAAGACUACGCUGGAAUCUUUCACUUUGAGUUCUGGCAGUUUGGAGAGUGGGUGGAUGUGGUGGUGGAUGACCGCCUGCCAACCAAAGAUGGAGAGCUGCUGUUUGUUCACUCAGAGAACUGCUCUGAGUUUUGGAGCGCCCUGCUUGAGAAGGCCUACGCCAAGGUAAAUGGAUGCUAUGAGGCUCUAUCUGGAGGCAGCACCACUGAGGGCUUUGAGGAUUUCACCGGAGGCAUCGCUGAGAGACACGACCUGAACAGGGCAGAUCCACACCUCUUCCACAUCAUCUGCAAAGCCCUACAGAGAGGAUCGCUCCUGGGAUGCUCCAUUGAUAUUACAAGCGCGUCUGACUCAGAAGCUGUCACAUAUCGUAAGCUGGUGAAGGGCCAUGCAUACUCAGUGACAGGAGCUGAGCAGGUGUGUUUCAGAGGAGGCAGGGAGCAGCUAAUCAGAAUUAGAAACCCAUGGGGACAGGUGGAGUGGAACGGAGCCUGGAGUGACAACUCUUCUGAGUGGAGAUAUGUGAGUGAUGACGACCGAAAAAGGCUGACCAACCGUUGUGAGGAUGGGGAGUUUUGGAUGUCAUUUUCUGACUUCCUGCGCCAAUAUUCCCGCCUUGAGAUCUGCAACCUCACACCUGAUGCUCUCACAGAUGAGUACACGAAAUGGGCGGAGUCUGAAUUUGAAGACACGUGGAGGAGAGGCUCAUCAGCCGGUGGAUGCAGAAACUACCCAAAUUCCUUCUGGACAAACCCCCAGUUUACCAUUAAACUGGAAGAGCCAGACGAUGACCCUGAUGAAGGUGAGGAGGGCUGCACUUUCAUCGUGGGCUUGAUGCAGAAGAACCGGCGCCGGAUGAGGAAAAUGGGGCAGGACAUGGAGACCAUCGGAUUUGCCAUCUACGAGUUGCCCCAAGAGUACUCAGGCAAAAAGCAAGUGCACCUGAAGAGAAACUUCUUCUUGAGAAACUGUUCAAAAGCACGCUCUGAGACUUUCAUCAACCUGAGAGAAGUUUGCAACCGCUUUGUCCUGCCCCCUGGAGAAUACCUCAUCAUCCCGUCUACGUUUGAGCCCAACAAGAACGGAGACUUUUACAUGAGGGUUUUCUCAGAGAAACAGGCUGAUUUCCAAGAGAUUGACGAUCCUGUUGAGAGCCAUGUUGAGGAGAUUGAUAUCGAUGAAGAUGACAUCUGUGACAGAUUCAAGAGACUGUUUGGACAGCUUGCUGGACAUGAUGUGGAGAUUUCAGCAUUCGAGCUGCAGAGAAUCCUCAACAGAGUGGUGACGAGGAGAAGUGACAUCAAAACCGACGGGUUUAGCCUGACAACAUGCCGAAACAUGGUCAACCUACUGGAUAAAGAUGGAAGUGGAAAGCUGGGACUGGUUGAGUUCAAAAUCUUGUGGACAAAGAUCGAGAAGUUUCUGGAUAUGUACAAAGACAAAGAUGCAGACGGGAGCGGCUGUAUGAGCGCCUCUGAGAUGAGGAUGGCUGUUGAGGAUGCAGGUUUCUCUCUCAACAACCCUCUGCAUCAGAUCGUUGUCGCCCGCUACAGCGAUUCAGACCUCAGCAUCGAUUUUGACAACUUUGUCUGCUGCCUGAUCCGCUUAGAGUCUCUCUUCAAAACCUUCAAGACACUGGACAAGGACGGCGAAGGUAUGAUAGAGCUGGGAUUCAUGGAGUGGCUGAAUCUGUCAAUGUUGUAGACAAGCUCUGACCUCUCAAACUGAACAAUCCAGACAGAAUAGUUCUCAUAUCUGAAUAUUUGCUCUGGUUCAUCAUGAGUUUUGGUUUAUAUCUGGUGUGAAGAUUAAUUGAUGGAUGCUGAUCUUAUGGGAAAGUAUUUGUGAGUUUGAUUGUCUAAGAACAUGAAGUUAAAAUGGGCUACAAAUAAAGAUAUCUGUACAUUUA